GCAAUCUACAUUGGGGAAAUACGCUGAACUGAUUAAAACUGACCUAACCUAUACACGAUGACAGAGUAUUUAAUGUUGUUUUUGUUGUGUAAACUGUGUGUGUCUGUAGUACAUAUUCACUUGCAGUUCUCUUUGUCACGAAUUUCAGAGAUACCCGUAAAGCACCAUCUCAACGAGAGUAUAAAAAGCGACUGAUUCUGUCUUAUUUUACGUUAAUUCGUUCAGUAUGAAGUUCUUUACUGCUCUGUUGCUCUUGAUGUGCUUGGCUGUUGCGUGUCUAGCGCAAGGCGGCGGUGGUGGUGGAGGACCCUAUGGUGGUGGCGGUGGUGGGCCGUUCGGCGGCGGCGGUGGUCCUUAUGGUGGUGGUGGCGGUGGACCUUAUGGUGGCGGAGGCGGCGGACCAUAUGGUGGCGGUGGCGGUCCAUAUGGUGGUGGAGGUGGUGGACGUUUCGGUGGUGGCGGCGGUGGAGGCUACAAGCGUUGAAAAUACUCAAAUUGGAAACUGGCUAAUGUAUUUGUUAAAAUGAUUAAAAAAUGUUGGUGAAAACUUGAA